AUGGCACCGUCUGCAAAAGGAGUUGAGAUCCUAAAAGGACCCAAGGCAAAAUGGAAGAUUGGGAAGAAGCUCGGAAGUGGCGCUUGUGCCACUGUUUACAGUCUAGAAACAAUUGAUGGCAAUCUCACAGAAUAUGCAGUCAAGGUUGUCCCAGUUCCAACCAAGAAAACGAAGAAGCAAAACUCGGAGGGGGAAAUCAAUGCCAGACUACUUCAUUUUGAACAUCUUGUUUACUCCAAUAUCCUCCCAGACAUUCGAGGAACCCAUGUACCCAGGAUGCCAUUCUCCAAAAAUGAACCUCCCUCGCAAGGCGAAGCUGGCGGCUUCAAAUUUAUGAUUUUGGAGAAGAUGGAUUACGAACUGUCUAACAUCGUUCCAGCGCUACUCAGAACAAAGGGAACAUCAAUUGAUUUUGGACCAAUUGCAGUGAAACUAGUAGAGUGUAUUCAGGCCGUCCAAGAGCGCAAGCAAGUAGUGGUGGAUAUCAAACCAGACAAUUUUAUGCUAACUUGCGACAAGGGCAAGGGCUCCACGGAUGCUCAGAAAUUAGCUUCUCGGAUUCGACUACUAGAUUUGGCUCUAGUAAAACCAUGGAAGAGCAUGGAAUCGCACAGAGAGAAUGAAGGAACUAGCGGGCUUGCUGGAACUCCGUUGUAUGCUUCAAUGAACGUUCACGAUGGACAGACUCCAAGUCGCCGAGAUGAUUUCGAAUCGAUCGGAUAUGUUAUUGCCGAGUUGAUUAUGAAAAUUGUCGCAGGAGAUCCAUCGCUCCAACUGCCAUGGUCUAGUGGCACCUCGGACGAAGCCAUCGGCAGAAUGAAGGAAGAGAACAUGAAUGAUCCGAACUCAAUCUUUUUCCAACAGCUCGGAAGCAAAGCAGUCGUGAAGAUCGUUUCCGAGUACAUGGACGAAGUGCGAAAUUACACCUUCAAGAAAACCCCAAACUACGAGAGCCUUAUACAGAUCUUGUCCAAGCUCAAGAUUUCAAGAUCUGCCAAGGCCCCUGCUCCAGCAACAAAGGUGCGAGCAUCCAACAAAAAGACUCCAUUGCGCACUGCAACCGCAGGUACUUCAUCAAGACGAACUCGCGCUCAAAAGAGAGCAUCAUCGUCAAAUGAUGACGAUGACGAAGUACAGGUUGUCGAAAGUCCGUCGAAGAUGGCUCGAGAUGAAAGCUCCACCAUGGAUGCCGAAGAGGAAAUUUUCAUUGACUGCAGUCAAGAUUGGACCGAUGCCCAGCCAGAGCCCCACUAUGCGACUCCAAGAGACGAAAGUGACGAUGAUUCGUUUGGAACUGCAACGAUGGACUGGGAGGCCACCGUUGAUGAAAAUGAAGAGCCUAGAAAGCCUGCUGCCAAGUCUGCAGCUGCGAGAGGUGUUACUGUUCUUGUCGACGCUGGGCCCCACAAAGGGAGAAGCUUCAACAUGAUCAAGGGGCAAACCGACAAGAUUGUAAUUGGUAGAAAUCCACUAUCGGCUACUGGCGAGACUGUUUUUGCUCUUUCCGAUGAUGACAAAGUUGAAGAUUCUCACAUUCAACUGGAACUAGCAGUGACCAAGAAGUUGACAGCUGUCCGAGUCGUUGAUCUGAAGUCAGAUAGUGGCACUUUCGUUGGACAGGAAAAGAUACGAAGCGGCAAGGACUACCGUAUCUUCACUGGCCAAAGUGUCCGAAUCGGAGAAUCCGAGCUCACCAUAAAGAAGCUCGAUCCAAGCGCGACAAAAGAGGUAGUGAAGCCCACAGCAAUUGCUGGACGGGCAUCCCGAUCGGCAAGAAGCACCAGAGCAUCAAGAUCGUCAACUAAAUCGACGCCAGAGCCUGAAGAAGUAAUUGAAUUGAGCCCGUCCUCUACAAACUCGAAACCAAAGGCUGGUCUCAAGAGACGAGGUCUUCAGCUAGUAGUAACCGAAGGACCUCACAAGGGUGAAUCGUAUGCCCUGGAGAGUGGAGGUGACGAGACUUUUAUCAUUGGUCAGAAUCCAACCUCAAGUGUGGGCACUGUGAUCAAGCUGAAGAAGGACAAGAGUCUCAAGGCUACGCAUUUGCGAAUCGACUUGAAUGUUGCCAAGAAGCUCGUCACGGUUUCGAUUACUGAUAAGUCCAAGGGUAGAACUACAGUCAACCGCAACACAGUCAACAAAGGGAGGGCAUUCAUCAACGAUAUAAUCAAGAUCGGGGAUUCUGUUUUGGACAUUCAGCCACUGUAA